AUGAGAUUCACCGCUAUCGCUGCCCUUCUCCUUGCCGCCGUCGCAAGCGCCCAGUCUUCUUCCUUCUCGAAGUGCGUCAUUUACCCGAACAAUACGGCCUAUCCCACGGAAUUGACGGUGACCAGCCUUAGCUUGAACCCCGACCCUCCGUGUAUUGGCCAAAAUUACUGUAUCAAUGUCACCGGAACCCUCAGCACCCCUAUCAUCAACGGCGCCAAGUUGGCGAUCUCUGGCAGAUAUGGUGGACGCGUCAUUUACACCGAUAACCAGGACCUGUGCACCGUCCUCGCCGCCUCUGGACAUCCCUGCCCUGUUCCCAUCACCACCACCAGUCUCUCUCUCUGCGUUCUCAUGAUGACUUAUACCCCUCCUAUUCCUCGCAAUAUGACUAUCGAGGUCACCAACGGCAACGGCAAUCGGCUCUUCUGCCAGGCCACCAUGAACCUCGUUCCCAAGAAGUGCACUUAA